AUGACAAAAAAUGUGUCGGCAAAAGAGGACGUUGAGCUCGUCGCAAAGAUGCCGUUGAUGAGUGCGCCGAAGGAGACGAAGAGCACAAAAGAGCCGGCGGCGAGCACUUCGACCGCCAUUUUGAGGAGCAACGGAAUAUCGUGGGUUCACACUUUUUAAAACCUUUUUUCUAUCCGUCUCAAAGUGUCUGUAAAGUAUGACAUUUGAAGGUUGUUAGCAGAAUUGAGCGGAAGAACUCAACGGAAGAACACGGAAUAAUUUUUAUCUUUUUUAGAAAUUUUUCUCAUGAAAUGUGAUCAACUGACGAAAUGUAUAGCAAAGUGAACUGUGCUCAUAGAAAAAUAAUUGUAAAUUUAGCUUUUCAUACAAAAAAGUUAUUCCUUCCGUCUUCCGUUAGCCCUCCUUUUUUCACGGAACAACUCGCAUAACUUUUUUGUAUGAAAAGCUAAAUUUGCAAUUAUUUUUCUAUGAGCAGAGUUCACUUUGCUAUACAUUUCGUCAGUUGAUCACAUUUCAUGAAAAAAUUUUCUAAAAAAGAUAAAAAUUCUUCCGUGUUCUUCCGUUGAGUUCUUCCGCUCAAUUCUGCUUGUUAGUGGUGAGCGUAAGGCACAACCAGGGCUCGGCAAUUGGCCGGCACAGGCUUUUCGUUGGACCUUUGAACCCCUCGCAAUGUUCCGAUCGGCGCCAAACUUUGCAGGAAUGUUGCACUUGGAUUGAGGGUCAUUGGGACCAAGUUUCAGCCCGAUCGGAUCAUCUGGUCCCGAGAUAUGUGGAUUAUUGGCCGAAUUUGGCCGGAGGCUCGGGCUUUUUGGAAAAAAUCGGCCAUAUCUCGGGAUCCGAGGCUCUGAUCGGGCUGAAACUUGGUCCCAAUGGCCCUCAAUCCAAGUCCAACAAUCCUGCAAAGUUUGGCGCCGAUCGGAUCAUUGCAAGUGGGCCAAAAGUCCGGGCCGGCCAAUUGGCCAGCCCUUGGCACAACAUUAAAAAAGCAAUGUUCAGAGCGACAGCGGGCCUAAUAAAUUUCGCGUGUGGAAUGGUCGGACCCGGCUGUUUUUCGGUCCCAAUCAGUUUCAAAGAAGCCGGUCUCUGGGUACGCGCUUCACUUUUUUGUUCACAAAAAAAAAAAAAAAAUCGAUAACACUCAUUUCAGGCCGGAUUCACUUUGGUCUUCAUCGUCGGUUUUCUGAGUGUGUACAGUAUGCACAAAAUUGUCAAUUGUUCGCAAUUUCUGGCGAAAAAGUUGCGAAAUUGCAAAGAAUUCCUUUGAUAAAAGCGAUUUUUGAAGGAACGGCGAUCAAACUUUGGAUUACGGCGAAAUGGCCGAAGCGGCGAUGCUGAACAGCUACGAUUGGGCGAGAAAGUAUGCCAAAACGGCAAAGUAACUUGUAAAACGUUGAACAACUUCCCCCAAAAACGAUACAAUCCGGGUUCAGGGUGAUCGUGAAUGCGUGUCUGCUCGGCUUCCAACUCGGAGUCAUCACUGUCUCCACCAUUUUUGCGGUUGAGCAUAUUAUUGAGGUACAACAGGGCUUUGUUUUCUACUCGACACUGUUUCUAUACGAUCACUUUUAGGACUACUGUAGCUCGGGGAAGUCAGGGCUAGUUGAGAGCACAUUGAGGCACUCCCAACUCUCCAAAGCUACAGUAGUCUUGUUAGGAGUGGUUGGAUCAAAAAGGUGUCAACUACAAAAAUGAAGAGCUAGAUGUGAACAUCAUUUUGUAAGUUGACACUUUUUGUCGUACACCACUGCUUUUGGAAGUUGGAAGGCUUUUAUGUGCUCUCAACUUGCCCUAACUUCCAAGAGCUACAGUAGUCUUAGAAGUGAUGCCAGAGAAAAAGUGUCGAAUGGAAAACCAAAGCCUCCUGAUGUGUCAAGAUUUCUCCUAAAUAACUUUGAACGUUGCAGAUUUGGGAGUUCAUCGCCGCCGCGCCGCCGCCCUUCUCCAAGUCCGUCAUGAUUCUGAUGUACUUUGUGCCGCAGAUGCUGCUCAAUUUCAUUGGUCACAUGAAACUGAUCACCGUCCUCUGUCUCUGCGGAAACGUUAUCAUUUUCGCCGCGAUCGCCUUGAUUUCAAAGGUAAAUAGUAGUAGGAAUGUGAGAGCACAUGACUCUCUCGUGAUCGUUGAUACCACCAAACAAUUGGCGACUGGGAAAAGGAAUUUCUGGAAUGUAGAGUGGGAGCCCACCAGUGUUGAGCGGAAUUCCGUCUUCCGUCUUCCGUCUUCCGGAAAAAAAUUUCUUCCUUCUGCCGUCUGCCGUCUUCCGGAUUUCAAAAUUCCAUUUCCGCUCAACUCUGGAGCCGCACGGUCUCCAGAGCUGACAAUAUGGGCGUGGCCUCGGCGGCCAAAUGGCGUUUUCAUGAAUUGAGCAGGUUUUCUCUGAUUUUUGCGGUCGAAGGCGAUGAAAAAUGAUUGUUCGACAUGAAAACACACUAAUUCUCAGAAUUAAUGACGUUUUGGCGCAUUUUUCGCGGACUUUGCUUUUCGCCUUCGCCGCUUAAAAACCGCACUUCUGAUUUUGCGCUUUCUUGACCGUUUUCAGACAAAAUUGGUUUUGAGAAUGAUAAAUCACGUAAAUACAAGCAUUUUGAGCGCUCGAAAUGCGAAAAUUACCGAAAAGCAACUGAAAUUCACGCAGUUUUAGCUAAAAACCUUCAAACGGAUAAAUGUGAUUUGUGACUUGACCAAAUUUAACGCUCUUUCGCUUAAAAAAUUCGUAAUAGCCUAUACAAUCGGUCUAUCGAGAGACAAAUGAGAAAUUAUCGAUUUUUCGUGGCUAAUCUGUCAAAAAACACAAAUUUUGCUGUUAAAAUUUGAAUUUCGCGCCAAUGUAUCGCUCUAUUCGCACUUGCGGUCAUUGUCAGCUCUGGAGACCGUGAAGCCUCAUGAACAGGCGGCUCUAAUACUCUCCAAUACCCGAACCAUCACGUUGCAGGAACUGAUGCAGCACUCGUGGGUGCCGACGUGGCAACUGCCGGCAAUCCGCGGCGUGGAGGGCAUCUCGCUCGCCGCCGGCGCGCUCAUUUAUUCGUUCGAAGGGCAGGCGAUGGUGCUGCCGCUGGAGAACUCGCUGAAGCACGCGGAGGACAUGCGCGGCGCGAGCGGACUCCUCUCGACGGCGAUGAACCUCGUCACGCUGCUCUACGCGUUCCUCGGCUUCUUCGGCUACGUCACUUUCGGGAAUCAGGUGCAGGGCUCGCUCACUCUCAACCUGCCCAACUCUGUGUAAGCGGUCACUGCCGGCACGCACUCGAUGUGCGCCUUUUUCAGACUGACCGUAACCAUCAAAGCGCUUCUCGUGCUCAAAAUCUUCCUGGGCAGUGCUCUCCAGUUGUUCGUCGUCGUUCAAAUGCUCCUGCCGUCCCUUCGCUCGAGCUUUUCCAAAGACCGAAAAUGGUUGCACAGACUGUUGCCCUAUGCUCUCCGUUUGUUCCUAAUGCUCGUUUCGUGUAAGUUAGCCCACCCUACAACAUCCAAAAACCGAUCAAUUCGAUCUCGUUUCCAGUGUCCCUGGCCCUCGUGGUUCCCAAUUUGACACAAAUCAUCCCGUUGGUCGGCAUCACCUCCGGACUGUUAUUAUCGUUAAUUCUGCCCGCCUUCUUGGAUUCCAUCGUCUUUUUGCCGGGCUUCAAGAAGCAAGGAGAGAUGUCAGUUGGCCUUAACACUAAACAAAAAAUAGAAAAGAAAGGUGUUCAGGUUCAAAUUCUACCAGAAACUAUCGAUAAACGGCACACUUUUCGUGCUCGGCUGGCUCUUUUUGUGCUCCGGACUCUACUCGAGCAUCGUCGAAAUUGUCGAUAACAACAAUGACUCCUAG